GCCUGCACUUCCCCAGAAAUGAUUGCAUUAAUGAUGAUUAAUGAGUUGCCCUCCAAAUGUAUUUUUGAUAAUCCCAGACGUUUCCCAAAAUAUAAUUGCUUGGAGGGCCGCCGUUGCCUCUAUCACAUUGUUUGUACCAUCUUUUAAUUUUUUUGCACCCAUAGCAAUAAUACUCCCUGUCCAGUCCCUUGCCACAAAACCAAUGCCGGAAGGGCUCGGAUUGCCCUUGGAUGCACCAUCAAAAUUAAUUUUAUGUCAACCUUCCUCCGGUGUUUUCCAAGAGACCCCCAAAGAUCUAUUCAUAUCUGGAUUAACCCGAUCAAGCCCAUUCACGGUCCUGGGUACAGAUUUUAUUGUUUCAGAUGGGACUAUGUUGAAGCAUGCAAAGAAUUGGCUGUCAUCUUGAGAGGAGCAUAUAGUAAGGUGCCCAAGAACUUGCAAGCCUUAAUGUUCCAGGAUACACUUGCUGCAUUCCGUCUUUUACCUGGAGCAGAUACAAGUCAAAGGAUCUUGGCUGCAAAUCUCUUACUUCAAGCAGCAGAAGCUUCUCUUCCAAAACAGAAAAAGGCAUUAGCAAUUACUGAGUUCAAACAUGCAGCAGUUGCACUACGGCGGCACUCCAAAUUCAGGCAUCAAGAAGCAGAUCCGUUGCAGCUGACUAAUGAUGUUCUAGUCCAUAUUUUUGGUUUCCUGGAUGUGCGCUCUUUAGUUUCUACAGGUCUUGUGUGUAGGUACUGGAACCUAGCAUCUAAAGAUAAUACACUAUGGCAAGCAAAAUAUCAACUACAUUUUGAUACUUGUCUUCCCAAUGAUGCUCAUAGAAAGAAAAGUAUGAAUAAUGCCCUCGAUGAUAAAGUUGGGUCACACAAUCAGAAUCUACAGAGACUAGAACUGGGGGUACAUACUGAUUGGUAUGAAGCUUUCAAGAUUGCAUUUGAAGGGCAUCCAUCCCGUGUUUUCAUGUCAAAUAGAGCGUACUGCCCAACAUGUAAAUUGACAUUUUGGCUUAAUAAUAGAGAUUCAAGUCUGGAUGGCAGGAUAAGCAAGCAUAGCCAUCAGCACAGGCUGAAACCAAUGCGACCUGAUCAGGUUUUACACUUUCUUCUAAGUGAAUCUCUGGAAUCCAGUUCUUCCUCAAGCAGUGACAGUGAUUCUGAAGGGGUGUUGGUUGUAGAUCAGAGAUUAUCCAAAUUGUGGGCAUAUCCAAAACUAACUUAAAAAUUAUCUAACAAGAGAAAAUUCUGUAGCCAUAUGUUGCCACACUGGAAGUAAUUUUGAUUGAUGCAUUACUGCCCUUGUAUACUGUGCCUGCCAGUGGUUUUAAUCUAUUUUAAUAUUUAACUCCAUAGAAAGAAAGUGCACCAUGUCUUGGACCAGUCUAUUUGUAUGUUCCAAGCUAGUUUGUAUGGGUAAGUUUUCAUACUAUUUAACUCUAUAGAAAGAUAUAAAAUAGAGCGCCGCUUACAUUUUGAAAA